CUCUUUCUUGUUUUGUCUUUUGGGUUUCUUUUCUUCUCGGCACCCGGAGCCCAGGGAUGGAGCAAAGAGGGUCAUAUCAUGACGUGCCGCAUCGCACAGUCUCUUCUAGAUCCGGCAGCAUCAGAAGUUGUUCGUCAUUUACUACCUGAAAAUGUAGAUGGAGACUUGUCGUCCUUAUGUGUAUGGCCGGACCAAAUCCGGCACUGGUACAAAUACCGGUGGUCUAGCCCCCUUCACUUCAUUGACACUCCUGAUGAAGCUUGCUCCUUUGAUUAUUCCAGGGAUUGUCACGAUCCAAAAGGAGUGAAGGACAUGUGUGUUGCUGGUGCUGUUCAGAAUUUCACAACUCAACUAGAGCACUACAAAGAAGGAUCAUCUGACCGUCGCCGUAAGGAAGCCGACUCUUAUAAUAUGACUGAAGCCUUGCUUUUCUUGUCACACUUCAUGGGGGAUAUCCAUCAGCCGAUGCAUGUUGGAUUCACAAGUGAUGAAGGUGGGAACACCAUUGAAUUGCGUUGGUUCAGGCACAAGUCUAACCUUCACCAUGUCUGGGACAGAGAGAUCAUUCUUACAGCUGAAAAGGAAUUAUAUAACAAUGAUAUCGACCUCUUCCAAAAGGACAUACAGAGCAACUUCACCCAUGGAAUCUGGUCAGAUGACCUUUCAUCUUGGACAAACUGUGAUGAUCUCUCUGCUUGUCCAACCAAGUGGGCUGCAGAGAGCAUAGACUUGGCAUGCAAAUGGGGUUACAAGGGUAUUACGGCUGGUGAAACUUUAUCUGAUGAGUAUUUCAAUUCAAGAUUUCCGAUUGUUGCGAAACGAAUAGCACAGGGUGGAGUGAGGUUAUCCAUGAUUUUGAACCGGGUGUUUGGGCACCAGCCAAACCACCACCACCACCAUACUCAUGAAAUGCUGGCAACAACUUGAGCUUCGCCAAUCUCAUCAGAUUUCCUUCUGCAAUCUAUUCUUCUAAUUAUCUUAGUGUGCCAUGUGGCAAAUGUUAUAGGGCUGACCUGUAU